GUAGAAUAUUUGGUCACCCCCAUGAAAUGGUUAAAGUGUCAGCUACCGGGCCGGGAGGUAAAGGCGCGGAAAGAUGGCGGAUAAAGAAAAGAAGAAAAAGGAAAGCAUACUUGACCUCUCCAAAUACAUAGACAAGAACAUUCGAGUGAAAUUUCAAGGUGGCAGAGAAGCAAGCGGAGUCCUGAAAGGAUUUGACCCUCUACUGAACCUUGUGUUGGAUGGAACCAUAGAGUAUAUGAGAGAUCCAGAUGACCAAUACAAAUUAACAGAGGACACACGACAACUCGGACUUGUUGUUUGCAGAGGGACUUCUGUGGUUCUUAUCUGCCCACAAGAUGGCAUGGAGGCUAUUCCAAACCCUUUCGUUCAACAGCAAGAUGGUUAAUAUUUCUAUAAAGAAAGACCAUCCAAACAGAUUCCAUUGGGAUGCACCAUACUUCAAGUUGAAGACUUUUCUGUUUUUAAGAUGAAAAAAAAUCCCAACAAUUUUUUUUGUGGUGGCAGAAAUGAGCCAUGUACAGUAAGUCAGGACUUGCUCUGUAAGUUAAAUAUACUUUUGUAUUGGUCACUCUUUAUUUUACAGUAACAGUGUGGCCAUGUUUUGUGUUUUGUAUUUUUUUUCAUCAUCGUGAGCAUUUUUGAUGGUCCACUGUAUUACAUAUUUGAAAUAAAACUUCACGGAAUU